UUUAUAAAACACGCUUUCGUAUCGUAAAACACGCUGACGGGCUGACGCGCUCAUCGUAUAAAAGAGUGAUAAAGCGGAUUAAUAUAUUUGCACAUUUUGUGCACGUUGCUUCUUAAAUUAUAUUCUUUCUAAAUAUUUACGAAAGUUUUUCGUAAAAAUGGCGGAAUUUGUGGAUAAACGAUGUGAGGAUAUGAUUCCUGUGUUGGAGCAGAUGGGAAACAUCAAACUUUUUGAUAAAAGUGAAAUUAAAAAUAUAGCUAAAAAGCUUAAAGAAUUUGAGUACAAAAUUCAACGACACACAAAGUGUAAGGAGGACUAUCUUCGGUAUAUACAGUAUGAAAUGGAUCUUUUAAAAUUAAUUAAACAACGGAGAGAUAAAUAUGGUAUUACUCAAAAAACAUCAGAAAUUGACUUUGAAAUAGCUUGUAAAAUAAAUAGUUUAUAUAAAGCUGCAAUAUAUAAAUUUCAAGAUGAUAUUAGAUUUUGGAUUGCUUACAUAAAAUUUUGCAAACAUGUGCAUUUUAAUGGCAGUAUCAGUCUAAUGUUGAGUAGAAUGUUGCAAGUUCACAGAGAUAAGCCAAAAUGCUGGCACAUAGCAGCACGUUGGGAAUUGGAGGAGAAUAAGAAUAAAGAAGGUGCUCUGCAAUUUCUUCUUAGAGGUUUACAGAUUCAUCCUGAUUCCCAGUUGUUGCACAUUGACGCUUUUAAACUGGAGCUGGACACUAUUUCUGAGGUUUCUAAUAGUGGUGAAAACGCUGAGAACUGCGAAGAUAGCUCAGCGUCAGCAACGGUGGACGAUAAAGAAAUACCAUCUUCAUUGAAGAGAGCAUAUUCUGUGUAUCGAAAUGCUUUGGAACAUAUUAAGGAUAUUAAGUUUAUAAUAGAAUUACUUAACAUCACUAAGGAAUACAGUGACAUCGAAAAAUUGCAGAAAAAAAUUAUUUGGGAUAUGAUUCAGGAGUAUGCUCACGAAGCUUUAACAUGGGACACGAUGGCGCGUCGUGAAUUACAAGGUUUGAUUCAGCCUAGUCUCACUGACACACCAAUGGAACUCGAGAAUUCCGAACAGACCUCCUUGAGAGAUCGUAUCACAUCUUGCAACAAAGUCUACCAAACUGCUGUGAAGAAGAUCAAAACUGAAGAGAUGUGGUCGCUUUAUGUAGAUUGCUUAUUGGAGAUCAAUCGUGAUCAAGAAUUGUUGCCGAAUUUCAAGAAAAAGCUUCUGAGGACUGCCUUGGUGCAAGGUCAUCAAGCAAAAAAGCUGAAGGAAAAAUAUUAUUUGCACUGGAUUAAUAUGUUAAUCAGUAAGGAGAUAAGCGGUAAUGACGAAAAUGCCCUUAAUGAAGUGCUUCGUGGAGCGACCGAUGCUAUUCCGGACAGCGUCAGUCUUUGGUGCGAGCGAAUAAAACAUUUGUUGCAAUUUGAGCAGGAAAAUGAAGCAGACACUGUAUUAUCGGAGGCAACGGAAAAAUUGGGCGAGAAAGCGUUACCUUUGUGGAGAAUGCGUAUCUUACACUCUCAAAUCAGAAGUUCAGAAGAUGCCGAAAAGAUUUUCGAAGCCGCUUUAAAACACGUGCGAAUCGCCAAAGAAAUUAAGCCUAUAUGGCUUGAGUGGCUAGUUUUAACAAAAGGCAUUCGUGCAACUCGCAAAGCAUAUGAAAAUUUCUGCCGGCACCCACCCACUUCGUUGGAAGUUCAUAAAAAGAUGGCAAUGCUGGAAUGUUUGCAGCCAGAGGCUUCGUUGGAGCACAUGCGACGACCUCAUGAAAUGGCGACGCUACAAUUUGGAAGUGACAAUACAUCCGUUUGGUUAGAUUAUAUUAAGUUCGAAAUGAAUUAUGGCUCAAAGGAAGGAAAGGAAUCGAAGAAAAUCGGUAACAUAUAUAUGAGAGCAGUCAAGAACUUGGAUAGUAAUUUAACAAAGCCCUUUAUGGAAGAACACAGUUUGUUUAUGGCUAAAUCUGAUAAUGCUAAUUCAAAAUAGUGCUAAUUGCUUAAGCAUAUAUCAUGUAUAUAUAUCGUAUAUAUACUCAUAUAUACAGUGUAUCAUCAAAACCAUUGUAUCAACCUGUUAUUUGUAAUAAAUAGAUAAUAAAUUUA